GACGCUCUGAUUGGCUGGGCGGAAGGAAGAAGCUUGUAUUCUCGGGGGUGGAGUACUGGAGUUGCUCGGACUUGGAAACUGAGUGCCUGAGGAGGAGGCAGGAUUCCCAGGAGCCAUGUUGUCGCAAGUCCUGCUGGUGUCCGCUCCAGGGAAGGUCAUCCUUCACGGAGAGCAUGCCGUGGUCCAUGGAAAGGUAGCUCUGGCCGUGGCCUUGAACUUGAGAACAUUUCUCCGGCUUCAACCCCACAGCAAUGGGAAAGUGGGCCUCAACUUACCAAACAUUGGCAUCAAGAAGGUCUGGGAUGUGGCCAGACUUCAGCUGCUAGACACGAACAGUCUGGAGCAAGGGGGCAUCGUGGCGCCCACACCAGAGACACUGGAGAAGCUGAAGGAGGUGGCAGACUUCCCUGCGGACUGUACCAACCACGAGUGUCUGGCCGUGCUGACCUUCCUCUUCCUGUACCUGUCCAUCUGCCGGAAGCAGAGGGCCCUGCCCAGCCUGGACAUCACUGUGUGGUCGGAGCUGCCCGCCGGGGCUGGCUUGGGCUCCAGUGCCGCCUACUCCUCGUGCCUGGCGGCUGCCCUCCUGACCUUGUGCGAGGAGAUUCCAAACCCGCUGAAGGAUGGGGAGGCCACCAACAGGUGGACAGCGGAGGAUUUGGAAUUAAUUAACAAGUGGGCCUUCCAGGGGGAGAGGGUGAUUCACGGGAACCCCUCUGGAGUGGACAAUGCUGUCAGCACCCGGGGAGGAGCGCUCCGAUAUCAAAAGGGAAAGAUUUCAUCCUUGAAGAGGCCGCCGGCUCUGAAGAUCCUGCUGACCAACACCAAAGUCCCUCGCAGCACCAAGGCUCUCGUGCUCAGUGUCAGGGACAGAAUGCUCAAGUUCCCGGAGAUCGUGGGCCCCCUCCUGACCUCCAUUGACGCUAUUUCCCUGGAGUGCGAGCGGGUGCUGGGAGAGAUGGCGGCGGCCCCGGCCCCAGAGCACUACCUCAUGCUGGAAGAGCUCAUUGAUAUGAACCAGCACCAUCUGAAUGCCCUCGGUGUGGGCCACAGCUCACUGGACCAGCUCUGCCAGGUGACCAUGGCCCAUGGACUACACAGCAAACUCACUGGUGCCGGUGGCGGUGGCUGUGGCAUCACACUCCUCAGGCCAGAUCUGGAGGAGCCGGAGGUGGAGGCCACGAAGCAGGCGCUGAUCGGCUGUGGGUUCGACUGCUGGGAAACCAGCAUCGGUGGCCCUGGCAUCUCCAUCCACUCGGCCGCCUCCCUGGACGCCCCGGUCCUGCGGGCCCUGGAUGGCCUCUGAGAGGAGCCCAUGCUGCCACAGCCCCGCCGAGAAGCCCCCUUCCUGUACUGUUCUGGGGGCUGGAGUUGGCCUCUGUGCCAGCCAGUGGGCGCCCAGCUCCUGACACUGACAGAGAGGCCUCCAGCCCUCUGUGAU